GAGGUAGUGAGUGGAGCUGCGCUCCAGCAGUCGCGCUCUGACCGUGGAUUUACGCAGCGCGCACAGCAGACGCGCUGCCUGCUCUGCCACUCUCCAAACAUCAGAGUAGAAAUACUUCCUCAUAUUUUGUUUGGGGAAACACCCAAUAAAAACCUAAGAAAGAAACACAUGACAAUUAUCUGCAAGGAACAAGGAAGGGGGGAGCUGAACUUGAACUUAAAGCAGCUUUAUGGGUCCCAAACAUCCUUAAUAACCCCGCUGGUCCCUGGAGAAAGAGGAGUUUCUUUUGAUGUUCUGGGGCUAUUUAUUAUUUCCACAUUGAUCACUCUUUUAGUGCCAUAAAUAUGAGCAACAGCAGCAACAGCAGCAACAGCAGCAACUGCAGCGUGGGUCAUGAUGGCAACCCCACAGUGAGCAUCCUCAUGUUCUUAGGAGGGGUGGUGGGAAACCUUGGGGCCCUCUUCAUCCUUGGAGUUCACCAGAAGGAGCACAGAUCCAGGUCCUCGCUGUUCUGCAUCCUGGUUACUGGUCUGGCCCUCACGGACCUGCUGGGCACCUGCCUCCUCAGCCCACCUGUGUUCAUCUGCUACGCCCAAAACACGGCCCUGAAAGAUCUGGGAGGUGAGAGUCUGUGCAACCUCUUUGGCUUCGUCAUGAGUUUCUUCGGCCUGGCCCCCAUGCUGAUCCUGUGUGCCAUGGCGGUGGAGCGCUGCCUGGCCAUCAGCCACCCCUACUUCUACUCGGUCCACAUCCGCCGCAGCUUUGCCAAGUUCACACUCUUCUUCAUUUACCUCUUUUCUUUGGGGUUUUGCCUCCUGCCGUACAGUGGCUACGGCAAGUUCCGACAGUACUGCCCCGGGACAUGGUGCUUCAUUGAUAUGGAUGCUGAAGAGGAGGACAAGUCCCUGCUGGUCUUUUCCUUGUCCUACUCCUCCAUCAUGGCACUGCUGAUCCUCGUGGUGUUUGUUUGCAACGGGUCGGUGAUUUUUAGCCUGUGCCAGAUGCGCCGCAGCCAGCUGAUCCGACGUGGCUCAGUGGCAUCGACAGGGAGGAAGAGGAGGAUGAGCAUGGCCUGGUUCAAACAGGGAGAAGAGGAGAUCGACCACCUGGUUCUGCUGGCCGUCAUCACUGUCAUCUUUGUGGUGUGCUCCGUGCCGCUGACUAUUGCUGGCUUCAUCAACGCCUUUAAUCCGUUCAAAGACGACGAGCAGUAUCUGACCGCCUUCCGAUUCUACGCCUUUAACCCCAUCAUGGACCCAUGGGUGUUUAUCAUCUGCCGCAAGUCUGUGUUUCGCCACCUGUGCUCCAUCCUGAGCUGCCACUUCAGCAAAGGAGCCGUGAAGGCAACAGCCCACUGCGCUUUGUCUCUACCGCUCGAUAACACCAUAACAUGCAGCCCCUCGGCGUGACACGGACUACUAAGUCACGGAAACCCUUGGCUGUGAAAGACGAAGGAUUUGAGGAAGCAGGUCUCCCUUGUCUACAUCUGAGGCAUUGCAGCAUUGAAAUAUACUCCACUUACACGUUGAGGGAACAAAGGACAAACAUUUAUUUGCGACACCCCUGGAAGAAAUGACUCCACUCUGUGUUGCUUUUCCACUGAUCCAUGGGACCUUUUUUGGUGUUGAAAGGAUAAUUGUGUCGUCAAACAAAGCCCAGAUACUUUAUAAAUACAGCAUAUUCAACCAUAUAGAGCCAAUAGAAAUAUAGUCUGAAGACAUUGGGUAAAGCUAUAUGGACAUGCAUGAAUGUAUAUUGUGUUUUUCUCUCUCAGUCAGUGAGCAUUUCUUAAGGACACAGCAAACUGUUUCUUUUCUGUGCAGCUUUCAAGUGUUAGCCGUCUGUUCCUCUCAAUGCAAAGAUCCAUUUCACUUCUCUGUGAAAAAUGACUACAUUCAAAGACGGAGAAGGAGCUUCAUCUAAUGCAUCUCCUCCACCGGUCACCUCAGCCUCGUGUAAACAAUCCCAAACUAAAGCAGGCCUUAAUCCAAAAGCAUGACUGCGGUGAUGCGAGUGGUCCAUGUAAGGCUCGACUUUGGCACAGCUUUGCUUCAAGUGAAGUGCCAUUGUCAGCAAGUCAAUGAAGCUCAGCAGAAUGUGUGCUAACAAUCCACGACAUUUCAUAAAAUACAUAUGCCUUCUGACCUAAUACACACUUAGGAUUUGUACAUUUUCAUCUGUAUCUAGACAGCAUAAUUCAUCACUAAAUAAUGUGUGAAAGCCCUAAUAUUCAACUUUCAAAAGAUAAAACUUUUGAAAUGUUUCCUUUCAAUACAGUAUUCUGUUUAGUUUGUGAUUUAAAAAGUUUGCAAAGUUUCAAAUUUACUGGUAAGUGCAAGUUAAGUAUAAUAAUUGUCUACUUACUCUGUCUAAUAACUUGCAUUAUUUUGCAUCUCACUAUUUUGGAAUAAAAAAAAUAAGAGCUGAAAAUAA